UUUGCUUCUUUCACCAUCCUGCAGGAGGUUCCUCCUAGGCUUGGGUUAACUAGACCCCGGCCUUUGUGGACAGCGUCUGUUGCGCUGUAGUAGUGUUUCUCUGCUCUUGAAGAAGAGGAGGCAUGGCUGUAGAGACUAGCGGGCAGAAUAUGUAUACAACUUGAGCACUUGUCAUCUUGUUGUGAAUGAUGCUCCUGUUAAUUUCUUUUGCAAACUUGCAUGAUCCUGCUACUUAUUAUUCACUGAUUUGGAUAUUUGUAAUGGGUUGACGAUAUCUCAAGUGUUGUGGCUGACUUUAGUGACUGAGAUCAACAAUAUCUCACAUUUGUAACACUGAACAAUAUUUACUUUGAACGGGCUAGACCAGGAUAUGCCUUGAUUCAAUUUUGGAUGUGCUAUUUGACGGGCUUUGUUGUUCGUGUGAUAUUUCAUUGACUGUUAAAGUUGCAGGACACGCAGGGUUGGUGAGCAGGGUACAAGGGGUGGAAAAGAAAUUAGAUGCUGCCACCUUGCUGGACAGCGACUGCCCCUGUUUAAAGCUGACUUGAUCCUUGAUAUUCUUGAAAUGUCACAAUCAAGCAUCGCCAUGCGGCUCUAUAUUCAUUGACGAGUCUCAAGCUCAGACAGAUGAACUAUUGUGUUGGACAAGAUGCAUCUCUCAGCUUGUGGACUUUUAAUCUAUUUCAGGUAACAAAGUCCAAUUAGUAGUCCCUCUCUUCUGCACUAUAUCGUUUUUACAAGUCUCAAACCUGCAUGUAGAUAAGAAGUAUUACAACCGUGGUUACUAGUGGAUUUAACGAAGACAACGGGAGUCUUGCUGUGACUCGCACAAAAUAGUAAUUGAUGAAAUAAUGCAGUAAUGGGAGAACCUGAAGCUUUGAGCAAACAACAAACAAGCUUCUGGUGCUCUCUGAAGUACACGUACUCGGGCAAGGGUUCCUAAAUUUGGUACUGAAGAAACUCCCAUCAGAUUUUUCUUCUUGUAUUCAUAUGCAUGGCUUUUCUAGGACAAUGCAUUCUUUCCGCUGAAGUUUCUUUCUUUCAGACUAUUCAACGAAGCUUGUUGCUGACAGAAAAGUGCAUUAGCUAGACUACUUAAUUGCUUGUCGUGUUUUUGUGUAAAAUUUAAACGUUGCAUAUGUUUUAGCUGAUAUUCAUGCUGAAUUAAAAAUUUAAACGCCGCAUACGUUAGUAUACAAAAUGUAAAAAUGUGAAUUACAGCCUUCUAUCCUUCAUUCAUUUCUCCGUUGAUCAGAGUUGUCUUACAGCAAAUGCUCAGGCAUUGGCCGCUGCUCCGAAGCAAUGUAACCUGUAAAAAUAUUGCACCUUUCAGAAGAUAAACAGGGGAAACUUUCAUUGAAAUCUGAAACCAAAGCAUGUAAAUUUAUAUUCUAACUAGCGAAACAGUUGGCCCCUGUGGGCAAUCCAUUGACACAUUUUGCUGUAACAGCAAACCACUUGUUCAGGCUGAUCAUGGGUUUCUGCUUGGCUGUGAAUUUGUCGCAGAUACAGUGGACGUUUGCUUCUUUGACCAUCUUCCAGAGGGUUCCGCCUAGGCUUCGGUUAACUGGACCCCGGCCUGCCUUUGUGGACAGCUUCUAUUGCGUUGUAACAGCAUUCCUCUGUUCUUGAAGAAGAGGAGGUGUUGUAACAGUAUAAAAUCACAAGUUAUGAAUACACGUUAACAACAAGCCAAGCUUCACUUUCUCAAAAGUUUGCUGAGGAGAGCGACUCCCCACCUGAAUAUUUCAUUGCUGUCCAAGUUGCGGCACACAGAAGGGGUUGGUGAGCAGGGGUACAAGGGGUUGAAAAGAAGUUAGAUGCUGCCACCUUGCUGGACAGCGACCGCCCCUGCUUAAAGCUGACCUGUCCUUAAUAUUCUGGAGAUGUCACAAUCAAUGGCCGCCAUGUGGCUCCAUGUUCAUUGAUGAGUCUCAAGCUUAGACAGAUAUAAACUAGUGUGUUGGACAAGAUGCAUCCCUCAGCUUGUGGACUUUUAAUACAUUUCAGACAAGAAGUAUUCCAACCAUGGCUACCAGUGGAUUGGACCAAGACAAACGGGGAGCAUCUGGAACUUCAUCGCCUACUCAACUCAUCCUCAUCCCGGUCCUGCAGGCAGCAGCUCAGAUAAUCUCUGCAACCAACCAUGGCUACCCCCUUUCUACCCACCCUGCUCCUAUCCUUGCUUGUUCUACUUCUACCAGCCGUGGGUGUUGGUGGCGCGGCACCUCCCGGCGGCGACGUCCUGGCGCUGAAAUCCUCCCUCGCCGUCGAGGAUCAUGAGACCAGCUUCCUGCGGUCACCUGACGGUACGUUCUCCUGCGGCUUCCACAGCAUCUACAGCGGCGCCUUCACCUUCUCCAUCUGGUACUCCGACUCACCUGGCGAAACCGUCGUCUGGAGUGCCAACCGCGGCCGCCCUGUGCACUCCAGGAGGUCAGCCGUCACCCUGAACAAGGACGGCAACAUGGUCCUCACCGACCACGACGGCACCGUCGUUUGGCAAACUGAGGGCGACCUCCCAAAUGUCCAGUAUGCUCAGUUUCUUGACACCGGGAACCUCGUCCUGAAGAACACAAGCGGCACCAUUGUUUGGCAGAGCUUCGAUUCGCCAACCGACACCUUCCUACCCACCCAGCGAAUCCCCGCCACGGCAAAGUUAGUCUCUACCAGCCGGCUGCAUGUUCCUGGUCACUACACCUUCCGUUUUAGUGACCAAUCCAUGCUGUCUCUCUUCUACGAUGACACCAAUGUUUCUGACAUAUACUGGCCUGAUCCUGAUUACCAGUACUAUGAGAAUAACAGGAACCUCUAUAACAGUACUCGGAUGGGGAGCCUUGAUGAUUACGGGGAGUUUUUCGCCAGUGAUUUCGCUUGGCGUCGGCCUCUUGUUGCCUCUGAUAGAGGCUAUGGGAUUAAGAGAAGACUUACCCUUGAUUCUGAUGGUAAUCUUAGGAUAUACAGCUUGAGCAAUGGAUCAGAUUCAAACAGGAGAUGGACAGUUUCAUGGGUGGCUGUCUCUCAGCCAUGCAUGAUACAUGGCAUGUGUGGUCCAUAUGGGAUCUGCCACUACUCCCCUGCACCAACAUGUUCUUGCCCACCUGGUUAUGCAAUGAGGAAUCCUGGCAACUGGACACAGGGAUGCGAGCUUACCGUAGAUACCAUCGGAUGCGGGGAUAGUGAACGGAAUGUGACAUUUUUGCGGCUUCCAAACACUGAUUUUUGGGGAUCUGAUCAGCAGCGCAUCAACAAAGUGUCAUUGGAGCGUUGUAUGAACGUAUGCUUGAGUGAUUGCACGUGCAAGGGUUUUCAGUACCAACAAGGAAAUGGCACAUGCUAUCCCAAGAAUCUUCUUUUCAACGGAAGGAGUUUCCCAACACCUACUGUGCGAACGAUGUACAUCAAGCUCCCCACAAGUUUCAAUGUUUCAAAUACCCCAAUUCCACAGUCCAAUGUGCUCAACACUGAAAUACAUCGUCUUGAAUGUGAUCAUGUGAGCAAAACAAUCAUAGAAUCAGUGCCAGACAUGGUUCGUGAAGAUGGCAGUGAUGAUCCAAAAUGGCUCUAUCUAUAUGGGUUCAUUGCUGCAUUUUUUGUCAUUGAGGUUUUCUUCUUCGCGUUUGCAUGGUUCUUUGUUCUACGGAGAGAGUUUAGGUCAUCGCAAUUAUGGGCGGCUGAGGAAGGCUACAAGGUGAUGACUAGUCAUUUCCGGAUGUAUAGUUACAGAGAGCUGGCCAAGGCGACUGAAAAGUUCAAACAUGAGCUUGGAUGGGGAGGUUCAGGUAUUGCCUACAAGGGAACCUUGGAUGAUGAGCGAGAGGUGGUCAUAAAAAGGCUGGAAAAUGUAACACGGAACAGGGCAGAGUUCCAGGAUGAGUUGCAUGUCAUUGCAAGGAUUAACCAUAUGAAUCUGGCAAGAAUAUGGGGGGUUUGCUCAGAGAGAUCCCAUAGAAUGCUGGUCUUGGAGUAUUUUGAGAACGGCUCAUUAGCUAACAUACUAUUCAGCAACAAAAUCUUGCUGCAGUGGGGUCAGAGGUUUAACAUUGCUUUAGGUGUUGCAAAGGGGCUGGCCUAUCUUCACCAUGAGUGCCUAGAGUGGGUCAUCCACUGCAACCUGAAGCCGGAGAACAUUCUGCUGGAUCAGGAUCUAGAGCCUAAGAUCACCGACUUUGGGUUCGCAAAGCUGCUCAGCAGAACGGGGCCUAAUCAGAAUCUGUCUCGGGCGCGAGGAACCUUGGGCUACAUGGCUCCGGAGUGGGUCACUGGUUUACCGAUCACAGCGAAGGUUGACGUGUACAGCUAUGGGAUCGUGCUUCUUGAACUAGUGUCAGGAACAAGAAUUCUCGACUUUGUUGUUGAUUUGGAGGAGGAUGUCCAUGUGGUGCUCAAGAAGUUUAUUAAGAUGCUUUCUUACAGGUUGGAAGGGGAUGAACUGUUGUGGUUAACGGAGUUUGUAGAUGUCGGACUGGACGGCAAUUUCAACUACCUGCAAGCGAAAGAGUUGAUCAGGAUAGCUGUUUCAUGCCUGGAGGAGGACAGGAAGAACAGGCCAACAAUGGAAUCAAUAGUUGAGAGCCUCCUCUCAGUUGAAGAAGCUUCAGUUUGAACUUUGAACAUAGUUGUAUCCUUGUGCAUAGGUAUUCCAUGUUAUGUAGUAAUUGAGUAAUAAAAUAGUAACACAUGUACUAGUUGUUCAUGUAUAUAUUCAGUCUUUUUGUUUCUGAAAUCGUUUUAGGACUUCUUAGUAGUUAUGAGAACAUACUGUAAAUCUGACAAUGAUAAUACCAAUGAGGUUGUCACA